AUGUCUUGGCGACCACCCCCUAUGUCCUCCACUGCGCGCCUCAUUGUCCCCUUGCGCACCCCUAUCCACACCUCCGAUGACGCCUGUAACAACGCCGCCGUCCAGCUGCCGGCCUUUUGCCAGCACACCGGUCUUCAGGUCUAUGCCUACGCAACCAACUCUGACGCCCCCAGCCCUUUGGCGACUGCUGUGAACGUCCGGUUGAGCUCGAUUCCGGUGGAAGAUGAGGGUUGGAGCCGGUAUGUGGUGUUGAAUGGGUUGACGCUUCCUCGGACUGGGAGGUGGAGGGUGUUUCUUUAUGGGGUGGUCCCGCUUCACAGGAAAGUUUGGCAACCCAAGGGCGACGGGACUUGGACCCUCAACUCAACCCCAUUUCCCUUGGACGUGGGCGUGUAG